UCUCAUCCAAUGGAAAGUAACUGCACAACCAAAUCCAAACAUCUUCAUCGAAUUUCGUCUUCCCAUCUGCUAAGCACAUGGCUCUGUUUCCUCUCCAAGACUGCAUACCAACUUACGCAGCUGGUCAUGGGGCCGAUUUCUAUUCAUAUAAGAAGAGGGCCAUAGCGUCUGCUAUUCUCAUCACAUCCCCAAUCUCAGAAACUAGAAAUCAAAAUAUUUGUUUCCAAAGCAAAGGUAUAUUUACAUAUUCAACAAUGGUGAACUCCAAGAAGAUUAUUGAGAUGGCUAAGAAAUGGCAAAAGGUGGCUUCAUUGGGCAAAAGUGCCUCCUCAUCGCAGACCGGUGCUCAACUACAUUCUGAUGCUUGCAGUACAUCGGUAGCAGAGAAAGGUCACUUCAUUGUAUAUACCUCGGAUUCGAAAAGGUUCAUGGUUCCUUUGAGAUUUCUGGGGAGUGUUAUCUUUGUAGAACUCUUGAAGAUGUCUGAAGAUGAGCUUGGUCUACCAAGUGAUGGUCCUAUUCUAUUGCCUUGUGACUCAAUGUUCAUGGAGUAUGUUCUAACUUUGCUCAGAAGGCGAGGGUCAAAAGCUAUGGACACGGUGUUGUUAGAUACUGUUUUCAAGCACCAACGUUUCCCAUGUUCUUCGCACAUUAUAGGGUUGAAUCAACAAGCUGUUCGUAGCUUCUGAAUCUUCUAAUUCCUUGUAAAGAGUUACAAUUUUGUAGAUGAAGUUUAGAUAAUGGUAUGUGAUUAACAAAUCUUUCAGCUGCCUAACGAAUGAAAAAUAUUCAGCUUU